UCGGCACUGGAAGCUUCCGGAGGAGCGUUGGUCGCGAGGAGCAAAUAGGCAUGGCGCAGCCGGCCGCGAGCAACACCAUCCAGGAGGUGACGGAGGCCAUCAUUUCCGUGUCUGCCCGGAGAAAGUUGGUGGACUUUUCAUUGACACCGGCUGCCAAGGAUGAGGCAAAGGAGGCGUUUGCGCGACGCGGUGCCAUUCCAGGCGUGCUAGCGUGCGUCGACGGCACGUUGAUCGCCGUUAUGAAGCCAGAGGGACUCAGCCCGGCCGACACGGCGAGCUUCAUGUCGAGAAAGGGUUAUUACGCCCUCAACGUCAUAGUCGUGUGCAACUCGGAACUUUGCAUCCUUGUUGUGGACCUCCGGCUCCCUGAUUCGGGCCACGACUCUUGGAUGUGGCAGCAUAAUCCACUGUGUACGCGCCUCGCCGCACAACUGCAGCCUGGCGAGUCUCUGCUUGGUGGCCAGCUACGACUAGUGCCAGGGAGCGCACCUUCUCCAGUAUGCCCUCCUGAGCCGCUGCCGUCCUCUCUGCCGCGAUGGCGAGCCGGGUGGUGGAUUGUUCGAUCCUUCGCAGCACCUGAAAUUAAUAAUUGUGGUGGAAUUGUUCAUAUGAGUUGCUGAUUACUCGCAACCAGCUCAUCGCUGGAAGCUGUUGUUGUCAAGAAUUGCAACGUGCACAACAAUUUCCCACCUCCCUCGCUGUAGCCACUGUAGUGUCUAUCCUCCUAACACAUCACAUAUCUUACGGCAAUGCCAUCCAAAACUACCCCCCUUACCCAAACCUUCUACCCCUUCCUCCGAGUGGCUGACCGCCGCAACCACCCUUCACGACCAACGAUUCCUUGGGGACUUCAUCGGCCUAGCGCUGAAGCAUGCCGCAAGCGACGCCCUGGACUCAGGGCACUGAUGCAUUUUUUAUCGCAGAAUAAAAAAAAGUGAGUUCUCUCUCUCUC